ACACACCAAGGAGGCCUGGCUGAGGCUGCAGCUUUUUGUCCUCCCCGGGAUUUCCUGAGGAAUGUGUUUCUGAGCUUCUGAAUUCAACCAUGUUGUCAAACUGCUUACAAAAAUUUCUAAAAGCCACAAGCUCUCAUCCACAUCCAGCGUCAUGCUGUUGGUUAUUAAGCAAACGCAAGUUUUCUGGAACUAUGUCAGCAACCAUGUUGCGUAGGCGAGUUGUCAUCACAGGCAUCGGACUAGUGACACCACUUGGUGUUGGGACUCAACUAGUUUGGGAUCGGCUCCUCCGAGGAGAAAGUGGAAUUGUUUCUGUAGCUGGUGAUGAGUACAAGAGUAUUCCUUGCAGUGUAGCAGCUUAUGUGCCAAGAGGUACUGAUGAAGGUCAGUUCAAUGAACAGAACUUUGUGUCCAAAUCAGACACCAAGGCCAUGUCGUCUCCCACCAUCAUGGCCAUCGCGGCAGCUGAGUUGGCCCUGAAGGACUCUGGCUGGCAUCCGAAGUCAGAAGCCGAUCAGGUGGCCACUGGCGUUGCCAUUGGCAUGGGUAUGGUUCCUCUUGAAGUUGUUUCUGAAACUGCUUUGAUGUUUCAGACCAAAGGCUAUAAUAAAGUCAGCCCAUUCUUUGUCCCUAAGAUUCUGAUUAACAUGGCCGCAGGCCAGGUCAGCAUUCGCUAUAAACUCAAGGGCCCCAAUCACACAGUGUCCACCGCCUGCACAACAGGGGCCCAUGCUGUGGGAGACUCCUUUAGGUUUAUAGCCCAUGGUGAUGCAGAUGUGAUGGUGGCUGGGGGCACCGAUUCUUGCAUUAGUCCAUUAUCUCUUGCCGGGUUUUCCAGAGCCCGGGCUCUGAGCACAAACCCAGAUCCUAAACUGGCCUGCCGACCGUUCCAUCCAGAGCGAGAUGGGUUUGUCAUGGGUGAGGGUGCUGCCGUGCUGGUGUUGGAAGAACGUGAGCAUGCUGUUCAGAGAGGAGCCCGGAUGUAUGCGGAAGUUCUGGGCUAUGGACUCUCAGGGGAUGCUGGCCACAUAACUGCCCCCAAUUCUGAAGGAGAAGGUGCCUUCAGAUGCAUGGCUGCUGCUGUAAAAGAUGCAGGUGUGUUGCCUGAACAGAUAUCCUACGUGAAUGCCCAUGCUACCUCUACGCCACUAGGUGAUGCUGCUGAAAACAGAGCCAUCAAGAGGCUCUUCAGAGACCAUGCUGGUGCCCUUGCCAUAUCCUCCACAAAGGGAGCCACCGGGCAUCUGCUGGGGGCUGCAGGGGCAGUUGAGGCAGCUUUUACCGCACUGGCUUGUUACCAUCAAAAACUACCACCAACUCUAAACCUAGAUUGUACAGAGCCAGAAUUUGAUCUCAAUUACGUUCCACUGGAGGCACAGGAAUGGAAAACUGAGGGGCGAUGUAUCGGACUCACCAAUUCCUUUGGGUUUGGUGGUACUAAUGCAACACUUUGUAUUGCUGGCAUGUAAACAUUUGCUUUUAAUUGUCAUAAAUGUA